AUGCCCCUCCCUACGUCGUCCGUGUAUCCGCCGCCGUCUGGCGAGUUCAUGAAAUGGCCCAGCCGGAGGAGUGUCGUGCACAGUACCAAGGGCAUCGUGGCAUGCACCCAGCCCCUAGCAGCAAAGUGCGGCAUUGAUAUUCUCAAUGCCGGCGGCAAUGCUGCCGAUGCCGCCGUGGCAGUAGCUGCCGGCCUCAACAUGACGGAACCCACGUCAACAGGCAUCGGCGGGGACAUGUUCUGCCUCUACUACGAUGCCAAAACGCGCACCGUAUCAGCCCUGAACGGUUCCGGGCGGUCAGGCGCCAAGUGCACGGUCGAGACGAUCCGCAAGAGCCUCGGGCUGGCCGACGACGUCAUCGGUGACAUUCCCAUGAUGAGCGUCCACGCUGUGACUGUCCCGGGUGCCGCUGCCGGAUGGGUCGACGCGGUCCAGCGCUUCGGCAGCGGCAAGCUGAGCCUCGAGCAAAUUCUGGCGCCCGCGGUCGAGCUUGGCGAGAAGGGGUUUCCUGUGUCUGAGGACACCGCCUUCUUUUGGCAACGUGGCGAGGCGCUCCUGCGCAAGGCGUCCCCCAACUUUGCCGAGAUGCUCAAAGCCGAUCCGUCCGCCCCUGAUGGUGUCCGCGCGCCGAAAGCGGGAGAUACCAUCAAGCUCCCCAACCUAGCCCGCACUUUCCGCACCCUCGCGACAGAAGGGAAGAAGGGUUUCUACUCUGGGCGCAUCGCCGAAGAGAUCGUCAAGGUGGUUCGAGACCGGGGAGGCCACCUCGAGCUGGCGGAUCUGCAACACCACCUCGAAACCGGCAGCGAGCCCGUCGACCCCAUCUCGCUCAAAUUUCGCGGCCAAGGCAAUGGCUCCUCGGCCAACGGCGGCGUCGAGCUCUGGGAGCACCCGCCUAACGGUCAGGGGAUCGUCGCGCUGAUGGCCCUCGGCAUCAUCCAAGAGCUCGAAGCCCAACAGAGAAUCCCAACGUUCACAGCCGCCGACCACAACACGGCCCCCUACCUCCACGCAAUUAUCGAAUCUCUGCGCAUAGCGUUUGCUGACGCAGGUUGGUUCGUAACCGACCCGUCCACCACGACGGUCCCCACAGCCUCCCUCAUAUCCCAGCCCUACCUCGCCUCGCGCGCCGCGCUCUUCGACCCCUCCCGCGCAAGCGACAUCCUCCGGCACGGCGAUCCCUUCCCCUCGCCGGCGCUCCGGUCCAGUGACACAGUCUACUUCGCCGUGUCCGACAGCCAAGGAAACGCUAUAUCCUUUAUCAAUUCAAACUAUGCCGGCUUCGGCACGGCCGUGGUGCCGCGCGGAUGCGGCUUCACCCUCCAGAACCGCGGCGCAAACUUCAGCCUCGACCCCAACCACCCCAACGCCCUCGCCCCGCGCAAGCGGCCCUACCACACCAUCAUCCCGGGCCUCGUGACCAACCUCGCCGACGGCUCGCUGCACAGCGUGUUUGGCGUCAUGGGCGGGUUCAUGCAGCCGCAGGGCCACGUGCAGGUGCUGCUGGGCCAGCUGGUCGGCGGGUUGAGUCCGCAGCAGGCUCUCGACGCGCCGAGGGUGUGUAUCGGCGCGGGGAUGGCGGAUGUCGGCGAGGUGUUUGACCGGACGGUGUACGUCGAGGAGGGAAUGCCUGCGGAGACGAUCAGGGGGUUGAGGGAGCUGGGCCAUAGGGUGGAAGUCUUGGGCAGGUGGGGUGGCAAGGGGAGGCAGAUGUUUGGGAGAGGGCAGAUCAUACGGUGGACGGUGGACGAGGUGGAUGGAACGGGAUUGUGGUCGGCGGGGAGUGAUAUGCGCGGGGACGGGGCGGCGUAUCCGGCGUGA